AUGGAUCGCGACGGUGCUUGCGAUUCCUCUCCAUUCUAUUGCACAGGUGAAAAAUUUGUGUUGAGAAUAGAGGAUACUGAUUUGGAGAGGUCUACAAGAGAAUAUGAGGAGGCGAUUGAAAUCGGUGAUGGUGAUUAUGGAGAGAAAUGUGGAGAUAUAGCUAUGAUAAAGUGUGCAUGUGCUGUUGGAAACUUGCAGUUAAUGUUUAUACAAGGUGUAUGGCAAGGAAGCUUUCAGACCGACCAGAAGGUUUUACAAAGAACAACACUGUUGAGGAAGGUGCUUGUACUUAAUGAACGUGCUCUUAAAGUUGCCGAGUGCGAAUGUUUGGUUUUGAAUGGUUUGCCAUUGCAGCAUGUGUGGAGCAACCAUAUUCGUCUAAGUACUGAUGAGGUUUUGAACCGGUUCUCACUAUUUUAUGCAGGGUCCUGCGAACAGUUCAGGAACAGCAAAUACAGCGGGUUCUUCACCAAGUUCAGCACCUUCAACACCCUCAACUCAUACUCCUGGAGAUGCUAUGUCAAUGCCUGCUUGCCUCAUAAUGGGAAUUCUUCAAAGCCUCUAAUGAUGUUUGGCACUGAUGGCGCCGGAACUCUUACGUCACCUUCAAACCACUACCUUAUCCGCUGUGACAACGAAGUUGCAAAAUUAGAUACUAGCCAUCCCGAGGCUUGCGGUAAAGUUGGUGGCAAGAUCAUUAUGCAUAUAGACGAUAGCCGGAAAUAUUACAAUUUUUUCUUAUCACCAUAUUACAGGAAGGGCGCUCCAACUACUCCACUGAUAACUGUUGCUGUGACAAAGCUGAUUGCUGAAGUUCUUGAGAGGAACAAUUUACCUGGAGCAAUAUUUGCCGGUCUCUGUGGAGGUGCUGAUAUUGGGGAGGCAAUAUCGAAAGACACACGCAUUCCUUUGGUUUCAUUUACUGGAAGCUCAAAGGUGGGUGCACUGGUCCAGCAAAUAGUGAGUCAAAGAUUUGGCAAACCCUUGCUUGAGUUAAGUGGUAACAAUGCAAUAAUAGUCAUGGAUGAUGCCGAUAUCACACUGGCUGUACGCUCUAUUUUCUUUGCAGCUGUCGGUACCGCUGGCCAGCGUUGUACAACCUGCCGUAGACUGUAUCUGCAUGAGAGUGUUUAUGCAAACGUGCUCGAGCAACUUACUGGACUCUACAAACAAGUCAAAAUUGGAUUAUGCAAAAAAUAUAACAGGAGACAUAUAUGAGUCCGGGAAGAGUUGGUAUAUAUUUAUUUGACGAGGAUGUUUACUCCUGAAUUCUCCUCUCCUGCAAGAAAUGAUUGUGAAGCCUGCUAUAAAUGUCAGACCUGAGUUGAUGUUACAACUAUUUCGGUUCAAGAGAGCCUCGGUACAAGCUGAAAUUAUUUAUGAUGGGAAAGUCUCUUCAUAAUGUUUUUUAUUCAACUCUUAUAUAGUUUCCAAGUUUCAAAUUCUAUAUCUACUGCUAAAACUCAUUCGGUAUUGUCAAGCAGAGUUCACCAGUCAAUGCAUCAUUUAGUUUUUGAUUAUUGUUUAAGUCUUUCAUUAUUCUGUUGACUUGAAGUCAAUCUAAGUAUGUAACAAUUGAUUCCAGCUAUAUAUGCUUUUAAUGAACCUAUAAGGUGUUCAACUAUAUGUAUCAUGAUGAUUACCUCAGUUUCUUUAUCA